AUGGACCUCUUCCGACGAGCCGGGAAGUUCAUUCCCUCUGUCGGCCCGCCGCUGCCCAUCGUAGAGGAGAAGGACAAGCCGCGCCGGCUAACAUGGACAUCGCGUCUGGCAUACCUACGCCGCCCGCUGCGCCUACGAAAGGGCUCCAGCAUUACCGUGCCGCUGGGCGUUGUCAUCCUGUGCCCGCUAGCCGUCAUCAUCUUCGUUUUGGUGCUCAUCGUCCGGCAUCCCAACUCCGGCGGGAGGAUAUUGAUUCCUGCGGGGGCGCCGCCUGCAAUAAGUGAAAAAUAUGACAAGGUCUUCGUCACGGGUUGCCUGGAGCCCGACACGUCGAAGCCCCGCGCUAACGCCGCCUUCGUCGUGCUGGCGCGCAACAAGGAGCUCGACGGCGUCGUCCAGUCGCUCAAGUCCAUUGAACGCCACUUUAACCGCUGGUACCACUACCCCUACGUCUUCCUGAACGACGGCGACUUCGAUGACCACUUCAAGGAGACUGUCCGCAACUACACCAGCAGCUCGGUCGAGUUCGGCAAGGUCGGCCCCGAUAUGUGGGGGUACCCCGACUGGGUUGAUCCCAAGGUGGCCAAGGAGGGUAUCGCCAAACAGGGUGAUAAUGCCAUCAUGUAUGGCGGGCUGGAGAGCUAUCAUUUUAUGUGUCGGUUUUACUCGGGCUUCUUCUACAAGCACCCCCUGCUGGCCAAAUACGAGUGGUACUGGCGUCUGGAGCCCGAGAUCAAGUACUUCUGCGACAUCACCUACGACCCCUUCCUGAUGAUGAUUGAGCACAACAAGACGUAUGGCUUCACUAUCGCCGUCAAGGAGCUUCGAGAGACUGUCCCCAACAUGUUUCGCUACGCCUCGGCCUACAAGCGAAUGAACAACCUGACCUCCCAAGGCCUCUGGGAGAUGUUCAUCGAGCCCAAGCCCGAGAAGCCCGCCGAACCGCAGCCGCCGACGGGCAUUCCCGAGGAGAUUCUCCGCAGUGAGCCCGGCCGCAACGGACCCCCCGAGAUUGACUAUGAGGCCAUGGAGGGUGAAAAGUACAACAUGUGCCACUUCUGGUCGAACUUUGAGAUUGCACGGUUGGACUUUUUCCGAUCCAAGGCGUACGAAGACUUCUUCCAGAUGAUGGAUCGGAGUGGUGGGUUUUGGAUGGAGCGGUGGGGUGACGCCCCAAUCCACUCCCUCGCCCUCGGCGCCCUCCUCUCUCCCAAGGACAUUCAUUACUUCCGCGACUUCGGCUACCGCCACACCACCAUCCAGCACUGUCCUGCCAAUGCGCCGGCCCGCCAGCUGCCGCGCCCGCCGUACCUCGAAAUGACGACGCUGGACGAGAAGAAGCGUAUUGAGGAGGACCAGUACUGGGAUGAGAUUGAUCCGCCGAAGGAGAAUGGUGUCGGCUGCAGAUGCCGGUGUGAUACAGAUAUUGUCGAUGUUGAGGGCAAGGAGGGAAGUUGUCUUGCUGAAUGGGUGCAGGUUGCUGGUGGCUGGGCUAGUCCUUGA